AUGGACAAAGAUUGCGACAUGGUAUAUAAAAACAUUUCUGACAUAUAUAAAUCUGAAGAAUUUAAGACCUACGAUAACUUUGUUUCAUUAGUUGCAAAAUGUGUUUGGGAAAUAAGAGAUAAAGAUAGAAGAGGUAAGGUAUGGAAUGAACAGAUAAGACCCGCUAUGUUUGAGAUGAAGAAAACCAUUGACGCCUUAGUUGUUUUAGCAGGUAAGGUUUCAGAAUAUAACGCAAAGUUGAACCCACAAUGUUCUAAAUGUAAAGCAGCAAUAAGGAAAUAUAACUACUCCGUCAAAGAGAUAGAAAGAAUGAGAAACGACUAUGCAGACUUAAAGAAAGAAGCAGAAAAGCCAGCAGAAGAUAAAAUGAACAUGUUAGAAUUUCUGAACAAAAACUAUCCAACAGCAGAAGAUUUCCUUCUAUCUGACGUCAAGAAGAAGUAUAAAGAAACCUUCGGUAUUGUUAAAACUUUUGACAUACUGACAGAAGAAAUAGAAGCUACGAAAUUGUUUAGGAUUUCAAAUAUACAUCGUACAAUUCAUGUAAAACGUUUAUAA